AUGGUGCUACCCGUUAUUCAACAUCGUCUGACAAAAAUAAAUCAUGGCACUCGUAGAACGUUUAUUCGAGGAGCCUUAUGUACAAGUCUUUUGGGUUGUAUAGCGAAUUUGAUCGGUAAGAAAACGCAUUUCUUUGUCUUAUUCUCUUACAGCCGGCCUAACAAACGACUGGCUUUACACGUCGGAAGUUCUACGGUACUUUGUCCAUCCCAAUGCGACUUAUCGCGAUGAUAAUCUGAUGAUAAGAUGGUUUAAAAACGCCACCCUCGGGCCUUGGUAUUUCUGUUUUCUGGAUCGUAAGUGAUGAUUUUGAUUCCCCAAAAUUAAUUUACAUAAUUAAUAGCGAUUACGCCAUUCCAUUGCAAUGAAAUUGACAUGUUUUCCCAAGACGAUCCCAGUGAUGUUACCAGUUCCAUUGAGUGUGAGUUCAUUUCGUGUGAGUCCCAUUAACUUACAAAUAUUCAAAAAUAAAAUUGGAUUGCAGCAUCCGUGCGGCCUGCCUUUUAUUUUGUAUACACAUCCUGUCUGUUGGAUCUGCUAGGACUGGUUGGAGUGUUUAUUUGCUGCAUGAAAGUGAAGCCAUACACGUCAUUGUUCAUAUCAACAACCAUACAUAUUCUAUCGGGGAUUGCCGACUUUAUGAGCAUCAUCAUGUACAUGUCUGGAGUCUCCAAAGAAGUGGGAAACAAGCUAUUCCCAGCAUCGGAGAUGGAUGAUCCCCUGUUUUAUUAUUCUUACGGAUAUUCCUUUAUUAGUUUCAAGGUUGGUUCUUUGAUUUAAAGCGAGAAAUUGUCUGAUUUUAGAUCGGAUUUAUGUGCACGGAGACGGCGGCGAUCUUAUUGGUAUUGGUUUAUAUGUCGAAAAGGGAUGAACGGACUUACAAUAGGUACUGUAUAAAGACGAUUAUGAAGAAUGUAAGCGACAGACCGGCAAUAAAUGACCAGAUGAUACUGAAUGGGCGUUAUCAUCAACAUGCACGCAUCAGUCAAUUGCAAAGAGCCUCUAGGUAAGAAGCUCGAAAUGAAAAUAUCAGAGUAUAGAAGUGCUUCCAUUGACGAGUCAUUGAACAGUGACAUGCUCAGUUUCAAGAAGUUAGUUAACAGUGAACACAGUACAGACUCGGUGAAGAGUCAUCGCAGGUCGAUGCUGGUAAGAGGAGGCUGGCUUUUAUGAUGUUAUUGAUAUUAGUUGCAGCCCCCAUUCAUUAUGCCAGCAUUAAGCGCGCAGAGCGAAGGUUUCAUGUGA